CCCCCCAGCGGCAGAGCGGCGCCUCGGUUCUGCCUCCGCUCGCGCUCGCCGCCGGCAUUCCGGCAGUUCCUGCUCCCGGCCGGCCUCCCAGAGUGUAUCGAUCGCCGCGAUGGACGACCCGGGCGCUUCCGCCGACCCCGCCGCGCGCCACCACCUGUCGCCGCAGCAGCUCGGGGGCCAGCCGCCGGUGCCGCGCUCCCCGACCCCGCUCGACCUGGCCUCCGCCGCCGCGGCGUCCGGGUAUCGCCGCCUCUCGCCGUCGCUGCGGCCGCCAGCGCACCCGCAGGCGCGCCUCUCGUCGCCCUACGGCCAGAUCCCCUCGCCCGGCGCCGGCGCGCACCACGCGCGCUCGCUCUCCCAGCCGCUCUUCUUCUCGCUCGACUCGCUCCCGCCGCCGCCCUACGCCGAUCUGGGCGCCGCGCCCGCCGUGCCUCCCUCCCCGCCGCCGUCGACCUCCGACCCGCCGCCUCUCGGCCUGCCGCCCAGGAGGGCCGGCCACCGCCGCUCGCAGAGCGACAUCCCGUUCGGCUUCGCGCAGCUCAGCCCGCCGCUGCCCCCGCCGGCGCCGGUCAAGCGCGAGGUCACCGCUGCGGCCGACGGCUGCAGAUCGGACGGCGGCGGCGGUGAUGACGCCGCCCUCUACGACCUCGUCAACGCGUACAUGGACCUGGACGGGCUGGACCCGCUCAACUCGUCUGAGGACCGCCACGACGACCGCGACAGUCGUGCCAGCGGCACGCGCGCGGGGAGCGCGGCCGAGAGCAGCGAGAACGAGGCGGAGAGCCAGUCCACGUCCGCGGACAGGAAGGACGGGGGCAAGUCCCGCCAUUGUCGCAGCCUGUCCAUAGACAGCUUCAUGGGCAAGCUCAGCUUCGCCGCAGGGGAGGAGUCUCCGAAGCUGCCGCUGCCGUCUCCUGGUGGCAGCCUCACCAGGAGCGGGAGUGGCUCACUGGAAGGUGGUGCUGUCGCGCUGUUCAAUAUGGAGUUUACCAACGGAGAGUUUACCGACUCCGAGAAGAAGAAAAUUAUGGCGAAUGAGCGACUUGCUGAGAUAGCUCUGACGGAUCCUAAGAGGGUCAAGAGGAUUCUGGCGAAUCGGCAGUCAGCAGCCAGGUCAAAGGAGCGCAAGAUGAGGUACAUUCAGGAGCUUGAGCAUAAGGUGCAAGUGCUGCAGACAGAGGCUACGACACUCUCAGCACAGUUGACAAUGCUGCAGAGGGACUCAGCUGGAUUGGCUACUCAGAACAACGAGUUGAAAAUAAGGCUUCAAGCAAUGGAGCAACAAGCACAGCUGAGAGAUGCCCUGAACGAAGCGUUAACCGCCGAGGUCCAACGUCUGAAACUCGCGACUGGGGAGGUAACCGAUGGCCGGAUGCCGAAGGGCCUACAGCAGCAGAUGAACUCCCAGAUGCUCCAGAUCCAGCAGCUGCAGGUUCAGCAGCAGGCGCCCCAGGCACAGCAGCAGGGCCAGCGACAGCAGCAGCAGCAGCCUCAGAAAUCGGCAUAGAUCAGGUCAGGUCGAGAGAAGGACGCUGAAGCUAAUUGAGCUUGAGCAUGACCAAUUGAAGGAUGCUGGGUGGGGAGAAAAAACCCGAGUCUUUUGCGUAUAUCAGACAUGUUGUAGGAUAGCUGCAAUAGUAGGGCGACAGGCGCCGUGGUGCCGCUGUUUCAGUUGGUUUCGCCGAGUCAAGUACCUUAGCUGGAGUAUGUCGUCUUGGUGUCGUAGUACCAUACAUGAUUGCCUGCCUAUUGUUGAGGCGUCUUGGUAGCGUCCCUGAACGUUCUCUCGGAGGUGCUUCUUCUGUUCUUUUGUCUAAGGGGGCUAGGGUGUCACAAA